AUGGCAUGUACGUGGAGUUCACAUUUAGAUCCUAAAAAGUUGUCUAAUCUCGAAUCAGCAAACCAAACGGUAGAUGAUUACGAUGAAGCCAAGUGUGCAUUUGGAGUUCCAUUCGGAAAACUUUUGGGUUUCAUAAUUAGCCGCAGAGGCAUUGAAUUAGACCCCUCCAAGGUAAAAUCCAUUCGAGAAUUGUCGCCUCCAAAGAAUAAAACUGAGGUUAUGAGUUUUCUUGGAAGGCUAAAUUAUAUAAGCAGAUUCAUCGCUCAGCUCAGCACUACAUGUGAACCAAUAUUUAAGUUGCUGAAAAAGGAUGCUGCUAUCCAAUGGACAGACGAAUGUCAAGAAUCAUUUGAUAAGAUUAAAGAAUAUUUGGCAAAUCCUCCA